AAAUUAGGCGAGGUGGGGCAGGGACACUGGCAGGUAAACUCUGGAAAGUUACAACUUGGGUUAUUCUCUGAGUGGCGCCCUACAAACGGACGCCGAGUAGGUGUCUCACUCAGAGACUUGAAAUUGAACUUCAGGUUCUCUUGAGUUGUAGGAGACUUCUGAGUCCGCGAACCUGGCGGCCGUUCAACGACUCCGCCCUCGGGGUCCCAGGGGGGCGCCUUCUAGAGAGCCCAAUUGUCUGGGGCGAAGGCGCAGGGAAGGCGGCCGGGCAGCAAGGAAGGCUAGGGCCGCGGGCCCCGAAAGCACACACAAAGCGACCUUGCUGCCCUCGGGUGGGCGCCUCCCGGCUGCGAGCCGAGCCGGAGUGGGCGGCGGGGCGGCGGUUCCCCUCGCUGAGGCCGAGGAAAGCGCGCGCAAGGCUCGGGGCGCGCGGCGAGCGCGGCGGCCGCCGCCUCCUCCCCUCCCCGCCUCCGCCGGCGCUGCCUCCUCCCUCCGCCCGGCUCGGCCUCCCUCACUCCCUCCCCUCGUGGCUGGCUUCGGCGGCGGCGGCGGCGGCGGGCGGGGAGGGCGUGCGCCGGCCGAGAGGUGUCGGCGGCCAGGCAAGGGAAGUUUCAAGUGGAAGGUCGUCCGCCGCCGGCGCGUCCUCUUGCUCUCCUCCCGCAGCAUCAUGGCGGAGCCGAGCGGCUCGCCCGUGCACGUCCAGCUUCCCCAGCAGGCUGCCCCGGUGACAGCGGCGGCGUCGGCCCCAGCGGCCGCGACAGCAGCGCCGGCCCCGGCUCCGGCUCCGGCUCCGGCCCCGACCCCGGCCCCGGCCCCGGCCCCGGCGGCGCAGGCCGUCGGCUGGCCCAUCUGCAGGGACGCAUACGAGCUGCAGGAGGUUAUCGGCAGUGGAGCUACUGCUGUGGUUCAGGCUGCCCUGUGCAAACCCAGGCAAGAACGGGUAGCGAUAAAGCGGAUCAACUUGGAAAAAUGCCAGACCAGUAUGGAUGAACUAUUAAAAGAAAUUCAAGCCAUGAGUCAGUGCAGCCAUCCAAAUGUUGUGACCUAUUACACCUCUUUUGUGGUCAAAGAUGAACUUUGGCUGGUCAUGAAGUUGCUAAGUGGAGGUUCAAUGUUGGAUAUCAUAAAAUACAUUGUCAACCGAGGAGAACAUAAGAACGGAGUUCUGGAAGAGGCAAUAAUAGCAACAAUUCUUAAAGAGGUUUUGGAAGGCUUAGACUAUCUACACAGAAAUGGUCAGAUUCACAGGGAUUUGAAAGCUGGUAAUAUUCUUCUGGGUGAGGAUGGUUCGGUACAAAUAGCAGAUUUUGGGGUAAGUGCAUUCUUAGCAACGGGGGGUGAUGUUACCCGAAACAAAGUGAGAAAAACAUUCGUUGGUACCCCAUGUUGGAUGGCCCCUGAAGUCAUGGAACAGGUGAGAGGCUAUGACUUCAAGGCUGACAUGUGGAGUUUUGGAAUAACUGCCAUUGAAUUAGCAACAGGAGCAGCGCCUUAUCACAAAUAUCCUCCUAUGAAAGUGUUAAUGUUGACUUUGCAAAAUGAUCCACCCACUUUAGAAACUGGAGUAGAGGAUAAAGAAAUGAUGAAAAAGUACGGCAAGUCCUUUAGAAAAUUACUUUCACUGUGUCUUCAGAAAGAUCCCUCCAAAAGGCCCACAGCAGCAGAACUUUUAAAAUGCAAAUUCUUCCAGAAAGCCAAGAACAGAGAGUACCUGAUUGAGAAGCUGCUGACAAGAACACCAGACAUAGCCCAAAGAGCCAAAAAGGUAAGAAGAGUUCCUGGGUCAAGCGGUCACCUUCAUAAAACCGAAGACGGUGACUGGGAGUGGAGUGACGACGAGAUGGACGAAAAAAGUGAAGAAGGGAAAGCCGCUUUUUCUCAAGAAAAGUCACGAAGAGUAAAAGAAGAAAAUCCAGAGAUCGCCGUGAACGCCAGCGGUAUCCCUGAGCAAAUACAGUCCCUCUCCGUGCAUGACUCUCAGGGCCAACCCAACGCUAGUGAAGAUUACAGAGAAGCUUCUUGUGCCGUGAACCUCGUUUUAAGAUUAAGAAACUCCAGAAAGGAACUUAAUGACAUACGAUUUGAGUUUACUCCAGGAAGAGAUACAGCAGAUGGUGUAUCUCAGGAGCUCUUCUCUGCUGGCUUGGUGGAUGGACAUGACGUAGUUAUAGUGGCUGCUAAUUUACAGAAGAUUGUAGAUGAUCCCAAAGCUUUAAAAACAUUGACAUUUAAGUUGGCUUCUGGCUGUGAUGGGUCGGAGAUUCCUGACGAAGUGAAGCUGAUUGGGUUUGCUCAACUGAGCGUCAGCUGAUGUAGGUUCCCUGCUGUCACCCCAUCUGUCGUGCCCCAACCCCUGUCCCCUCAACUCUCCCUCUCCCUGCCCACUUCCCCCCACCCCCUCACUCCCAGUUCCCAGCAAAAUCAGAAGAUUGUGAAGAGGCCGGCUUCGACAAAAUGGGAUAAAAAAUAAUUUUCUAAAACUUACAACACUCCGAGUUCUGCUUUAUUCCCUAGCAAUCCACAGUGUGAGAACAAGCGAAUGCCACAGCUGCACGAGUGUUGCUCAUUCUUCCGAAAGCUGUUUAAUAUUCUUAGCAAUCAAUUCGGAUAUCCCUUAAGUGAAAAGGAUCUGAAGUACACUCAGGUGGUCCUAUUUAUUGGCAACAAAAGGCAUUUUCUACCAGAAGCCUAUUUCUUUUUCCCUUGUUGUUUCUGUUAUAAUUCUUUACUUGUACAUCUGACAGUACCGCCUCUUUUAUGUUGUAUUUAGAAAUUAAUAUACUUACAAAAUUAAGAUUUAUUAGCCAAACUUGAAUUCUAGUUUUAAAACUGACUGUGAAUUUUAUUUUUCAUAUAUUUAUGCAUUACACACGUUAGCUAUAAGAAAAGUUUUUGAUUAUAUGCUUCUUGCAGUUAAUCUCCUGUUAUUGAAACAAAAAGUUUCGAGUCUAUCUUUGGAGUAUUUGUAACUUCUAAUUUUUGAAAUGACUGAAUUAGGAGCUUGGAUGCUUCUCCUUUUGGUUUGUUUGCCUGAAAACCAAUUCACAAUCUGAUUAUCUCUUGGGAGAGGGAGGUGCCUUGCAAACUUUCAUAUUAAGAAUGUGCCUGAGGCUGCUUUACUCUGGAAUAGUCUCAGAUCUAAAAUUUCUUCUACGCAAAGUGGCAUAUGCUAAGUUUUGCCUCAUCGGAACAUUUAGAAUGCUAUAGAAAACAUUGCCAUUCUGUUAGAUUGCUAACUAUAUACCCAUCUCUGAUUUGGUUCUUCUUAAGUGAUAGGAUUUGUUAUUCUAAAGGUGAUAAACUUGAAAAUACCAGAAUCUGAGUUUUACUUGAAAUUCUGCAGCAUACCCAGGUGGAGUGAAAAUCAUAGAAAGGGUUUUGUGCAAUGACUAGAAGGUAAAGCGCUAUGAAGUUUCAAGAAUAAAUAUUUUCAACCCAAGUAGCCCUCUGCUUGACUAUACAUUAUGGGACUAGUAAAUCUUAGGAUUUUCAAAAUUGGAGUCUAAACUUACAGGGAGGUGGGCUCCUGGGAUGGUACCAUUGCUCUUUCCUCGCUAAUCCUAGAUACGGCAGCUCUUUAAUGUACUUUAAAAAGCAAAUAUAUAUUACUAAGGAAAAAAAGUUAUUUAUAAUUGCCUUGUCAUAAUUGUUAAGGUGUUCUAGAGCCAUUUGCAUACAAUUUAAUGUAAUUUCAUUCCAUUCUAUUGUUUACACAACGAUUACUCAAAGAUGACUGCAGAGGUAAAAGGAAAAUAAAAGCGUAUUGCACAA